AUGUCGUCGACAAAGACAGCGCCGCAAACAAUCCAGGGCGGCUGCCUGUGCGAGGGCAUCCGGUACCAAGUCAACUUCGCACCCGAUUUUGACUUCUCCAAGGGCGUAUGGUUCCCCAGUCAAUCAUUCACAAUGGGUCUGGAGCAAAGUGCUAACGAGGGAACCCAAUUUUCAAACACACAACAGUGCUCUACAUGCCAAUGUAUGCAGUGCCGCAAGAACGCCGGGGCCGUCAUCGCCCACCUCCGCAUGAUAGAGCCGGAGAACAUCACCUUCACGGCCCAAAAGACGCUGAAGAAGUACUACGCCACGCCCGGGAUCGCCCGGGCUUUCUGCAGCGAGUGCGGCAGCUGGGUGUACUGGCACCCCGAGAGGGACAACUACCUGGCUCUCGCCAUCGGCACAGUCGACAAGGAGGACCUGCUCAAGUACGGGCCGUUGCUGGCGGAGUCGAAUGUGCACUUUUACUGUGCCGAGGAGAUCCCCGGUAUCACCGACAAGCUACCAGGAGAGAAAUGGAAGUAUGACAAUGAGGGCGAGGGUGCGGAACUGAUGUAA